GAAAACAGUUUGUUCUUCCUCUCUGCAGAGAGACACAGACUGAAGAACAGACGAUCAGAUUCACCUUCAGACCAAACUAACAUCGUCCUCUGAGUGAGUCCAGCUACAGGAGAGAAAAGAGGAAAACUACAACACUGCUGCUUCAACCUGCUGACUCUCCACACACUGAAGCUUCAGACUAAAUGGCUUCCAGAUUAGAGGAGGAUCUCUGCUGUCCGGUCUGUCAGGAGGUCUUUAGAGAUCCUGUUCUUCUGGCAUGUAGCCACAGCUUCUGUAAAGACUGUCUGAAGAGAUGGUGGAGAGAGAAACAAACACCAGACUGUCCAGUUUGUGAGAGAAGAUCUUCAAAGGAAGAACCACCUUUAAACCUGGUGUUAAAGAAGCUGUGUGAGUCCUUCUUACAGGAGAGAGAUCAGAGAUCUUCAGAGGCUCUCUGCAGUCUGCACUCUGAGAAACUCAAACUCUUCUGUCUGGACCAUCAGCAGCCAGUGUGUGUCAUCUGCAGAGAUUCAGAAAAACACUCCAACCACAGAUUCAGACCCAUCGAUGAAGCUGCACGACAACACAAGAAGGAACUUCAGGAAACUCUGGAGCCCUUAAAGAAGAAGUUAAAGAGUUUAGAAGAAGUUAAAGUGAAGUUUGAUCAAACAGCAGAACACAUUAAGGUCCAGGCCCGACACACAGAGAGGCAGAUUAAGGAGCAGUUUAAGAAGCUUCACCAGUUUCUAGAAGAGGAAGAGGAGGCCAGGAUGGCUGCACUGAGGGAGGAAGAGGAGCAGAAGAGUCAGAUGAUGAAGGAGAAGAUGGAGGCUCUGAGCAGAGAGAUAGCAGCUCUUUCACACACAGUCAGAGCCACAGAGGACGAGCUGAGAGCUGAAGACGUCUCAUUCCUCAACAACUACAAGGCUGCAGUGGAAAGAGUCCAGCAGCGCCCCCUGCUGGAGGAUCACCAGCUGCUCUCAGGAGCUCUGAUAGACCAGGCCAAACACCUGGGCAACCUGACCUUCAACAUCUGGAACAAGAUGAAGGACAUGGUCUCCUACAGUCCUGUGGUUCUGGACCCAAACACUGCUGGUCCAGGACUGAUCCUGUCUGAAGAUCUGACCAGUUUGAGACCAGGAGAGAAACAACAGCUUCCUGACAAUCCAGAGAGAUUUGAUUAUGACUGGUCUGUCUUGGGCUCUGAGGGUUUUAACUCAGGGUCUCACAGCUGGGAUGUGGAGGUUGGAGGCUGUACAACCUGGGGACUGGGUGUGUUAGCAGAGUCACAGGAAGUCAAUGAGUCUGGAGGAUGGGGAAUAGGGCUCAGUAAAGGUAAAUACUCAGCAGUGUCACCACCAGCUCCAGUCACUGUUCUCUCAGUUCAGAAGAAGCCCCAGAGGAUCAGAGUGAAUCUGGACUGGAACAGAGGAAAGUUGUCGUUCUCUGAUCCUGAUACUAACACACACAUGCACACCUUCACACACACUUUCACUGAGAAACUGUUUCCGAUCUUUAGCACUGACGAUGACAAACACCCACUGAAGAUGUUACCUCUGAAGGUCUCUGUGACAGUGGAACAGAUCAGUCAGAGAUAAAGAGGAUGAUCGUGUUUAUAAUGUUGUUUAUUUCUUAAAGGGAAAAGUCAGAGGAUGUUGAACUCAUUAUUACAAAGGUCUGUUUAUCUUUUUAUUCUCACUGCUCCUUAUUUCCUUUUCUUUCUUUUGUUGUUGUUUUAUAUUUAUCAGUAACUCUAAAAAACUUUUCAAUCAUGUUAAAUUACAUAUAUGAAAUGUUUGACAUGUAAAUCUACUUUUCUUAUUUUUACUUUCUGUUUUUCUCCAUGUACACUGUCACAUCAGUUACACUUUAUUCUCAUUGCUUCGUUUUAAUUUGAUUAUCCAAUAAUUACUUCCUGACUGAAGUUUCCCAGAACAAAACUUUAAGUUGUUUUAAAGUUUAAGAAGUUAUAAAGGAAGGAAAAGCACCGGGGAGAUCUGUGCCUGUUUCAGAUGAUUUUAAAAACAGAUAUUGGACACACUCAGUCACCUCUUCGUGUUAAAAAUGCACAUAUUUCCCUUUUGAAAACAGCUUUCAGCCUCGACUUUGUGCCUCAAACCUCCCUGACCACAAACCUGUGACAAACCUCCUCAUCUGAUGAGGAAAGGACACGUCAUGGGUUUAUUCAGCCGGCAGAGGGCGCUGCUGACUUUAUAAAAGCUGCACUGACUUUAUUAUUAUUAUUAUUAUUUUAUUAAAAUAAAAGUCUUAUAUUACAGUUUUUAUCCUUAGAAAAUCAUUUAAAAGAUACUGUCUAAAUAAGGAAACCUGGAUUUAUUCAACCAGGAAAGAUUAAAAAUCUUGUUUUCAAGAGCGUCCUGGCCUUACAGGCAGCAACACUGAGUUCAAGACAAACAACGUAAGAGAUGUAACACAAAAUACGCCACAAAAUUAGAAUUAUAUUGUCUAUAUAUGUCUAUAUAUGUAAUUUCCCUGAGGGAGUCAUCCCAAAGGGAUCAAUAAAGUCUAAGUCUCUAUACUGACCACAGUGACAGGUGAUAAAGAAACAUUUAUAUGGCUCUGACAGGAACUAAACUUUAAUUUAAUAGUUAGAAAAUAAGACCUCCAUGUAAUUCCAGGUUGCAGCUGUUUGUCUAGCCUGCAGAGGGCGCCGGUGCUCACAGAAUAAACCCACACUGUGAUUUACUGGGUCAGAUUCCACUGUGCUGGUUAAUUUUUAAUAACCGUCUCUGUGUGUCGAAUGUGUGUAAACACACUUUCCCUCCACCUGGAGACUCUCUACAUCUCCCAGAAUGCCUUUCAACAACACAAAAUAUAGUGUGUUCUUGUGAUAAGAUUAUUCUGUGCACCAAACUGGAUGAGGCCUCGAGCUGCGUGUUAAAACGGCAAAUUUCCAAUGGAGGUUUUGAACUAGAGAGCGUAAAAAGACGACAAAGAAAUCAAAGCAGAAGGAUGAGAAUACGCACAACAAACCACCAACUAGACACAGAGGGUUCAUCGUAGGUGUUGCUGCAACUUUUCAACUGUUUAAACAUCUGGUUAAAGGGACAUUACACCUGAAAACAGCAGCAUUUACAGUGAAGACAACACGAGGAGCAGCUGUGACGAGGAGCAGGACGAGGCCUGUUCUGCAGCGACUAAAUCAUAUGUGACUGAGAAAAGAACAAAACUGAGCAGAUCACACACACACACACACACACACACACACACAGCCCACAGGAAUAAAUGCAAAUGCAGGGAGACAGAUACAGAACCACAGUAACAGCCGUGAGCCAAACACACCAAGAUGUAGCAGGAGCACACACAUGUUCAAAACGCACACACAGACACACACAUUAACACACACUCUCAAAUAUUAAAGGGCAAACACACACCAACACACACACACACACAUGUAAAUUCACUUACCACAGCUCCUAAAUACUGUCAGCUGUCAUUAACCAGAUAAAUAAAACAGCUGCUGUCGCUGCAGCCGUGGACUUUUCGAUAACUUAAUUUACCCAUCUUAUAUUAUUUUUUAUUUUAUCUAGGUUUGCUCACUUUGAUUGUAUUAACAUAAAUAACAUGCA